AUGCCUCUUACAGGAGACAGCAAGAGUGGUGGGAGAUCAUCAGACGCCGGACGAGGGGGUAUUUUGAGCGGCUGGUUGGGUUCUGGAUCCCCCAGCACAGCGGAGGACAACAGCCCAAAGGGCCAAGCCGCCAGGAGGAUUGAAAACACACCAGAAGGGACGCCCGCAAACAGGUUACGCAGAAAGCAGCCAGGUUCCACCGAGACGACACCCAAAGGCACAUCGCCGAGUACUUCGCGGUUCGCUUUCUUCAGCUCGCCGUUCUCCAAGAACGCCCAAACCCAGGUCGACCCCAAGCAGGACGAAGAGCUGCUGUCACUAAACGUUCAAGAGGCUCUGUUCCCUCCCUCAUCUCCGACCCAUCGGGAUGCCUUCUCGCCCGCGGCCUUCAAGAACCUCGAGGCCACCGCCGUCGGCCUGUUGACGAAAUUCCAAGGCGCCUACCAAAGACAGAACGCAGCCCUUCGGGAGCUGCUCAUAGAAAAAGACACACAGGCCGAGGAAAACGACGAGGCGGACACAAGGAUCCAGCAUCUCAAGGUCCAGCUGGAAAACAUGGCCUCCAAGGUCGCCGAGCAGGAGCAGUCGAUGCAGCAGCUGAUGGCGGAACUGAAUGCCGAAAAGAAGGCAAGGCAGGAGGAGCAAAUGAUGCGCGAACGGAAUCGCCCCCUCUCCGAAGGGUCCUCAAUAUCGGAAGAUCUCGGCGUCGACGAAGACCUGGCCAGACGGAAGUGGAGGAAGAGUGCGGGCUUCGACACGGACGAGGAGAGCGUCGGGGACGCCAGCGUCUUCUCGAGAUCGCGGAGCCCCACCACCGCCGCCCCGAGCGUGUUCGAAGGGAGCAUCGCGGAAAUGUCACCGGCGACGCAAAUGCCAAGGGUCAGCACACUUGGGCCGCCAAGGGCGUCGCGGUCGGCCGUCCAGAAGACUUCGCCACAGCAGACCAGCGUCUUCCAGAAGCUCAUGAGAGGCGUCACUGGUGACGCAGCGAAAGAGGGCGGUUCUCCGCCGUGCGCGAAUUGCCAUGGGCAGGACGAGCGGGCUGCGUGGGAUACCGUCAGUCUGUUGAGAGACGAGAACCGUGGUUUGAAGCAUCGGGUGGCGGAGCUGGAGACGUGUGUGGAUGGUGCGCUGGACGCGGUCAACGGCCUUAGGCUUGAAUGA